CACCACACAGCCUGAUUGGCACCUUCCACACAACACAGCCACUGAAACUCCAAAACUGAACUGGACAAGAAGAUUAUCAAAACUCCAUAUCCAAAAAUCCCCCCCCCCCUUUUAAUUUGAACCCUUUUUUUUUCAAUUUCAAUUCCAAUCAGUUUCUCUUCAAAAAAAAAAAAAAACCCUAACCCUAAAUCUAAUCACUAAUUCUGGGCUCUCCUCUUCUUGAUCUCCAGUUCAAGCUCCUUCUUUGUCACUAUCAGUGAAAUGGUUUUGCUUCUCAAACCCGUAAUUUCAUUUAUAUACUCAUUACUACUUAUUUGCUUGUGUGUAUGUAAAUGUUAUGUAUAACUGAUAGCGAAAGCAUGAAGAAAAAACAGGAGGGAAAAAAGGUCCCUAGUGAAGGAAAUUUAUCAACGGAAAAGAGAAAAGCGGAAGAUGAUAUGGAGUCAGCAGAGAAGAGGAAAAGGAAGAAGAACAAGUGUCCUACUCCUCGUCCAGCAUGCUCAUGGGUGCAUUUUAGUCGGGAGUUUAUCAAGGAGUACAGCGCUUCCCAUCCUGAAUCAUGUGGUCUGAAAGCUGCCACAAAGGCAGCAUCAGAUGCCUGGAAGUCAAUGAGGGUGGAGGAGAAAGCAAAAUAUACAAAGCAAGCUCGUGAAUUGUGGGAUAGUUACUUGAGCACUGCUCCUGCUCGUAUCCCCAAGCCAAGGAAACAGACCAAACUAGUUACGAGAUGCUCUCCAGGCCGUUUGUUUAAUGUGCUUCAACGGCUCUCACCAGAACAAAAUGCUGCAGUGAAAAGCAUGGGAUUUGGCAGUCUUCUUGGCCUUAGAUGCCGGACCCUGCGCCGCAGCUUGUGCCUUUGGCUAUUGGAGAGGUUCAACACUGCAGGAUGCAGCUUGGAGAUUUGUGGCGUGUGCAUUCCUUUAUCCCCAAGAGACGUGGAGAUUGUGUUGGGAUUAGCAGCUAGCGGGAAAGAUGUGAUCAACUCAGGGCCUGAUGACUUAAUUGUCGACUUACGUCGCAGCUAUAAUGCUACAAAUCAUGGAAUUUCAGUGCGUCUUCUAGAAGAGAGGUUGACAGCUCCAGAAGCUGGAGAGGAUUUCAAGAGAUCAUUUGUCCUCUAUGCAUUGGGAACUCUUUUAUCCCCAACAGCAAGACUGGAUGUUAGCCCUUCAUUUCUCCAUUUCCUGACAAAUAUGGAUGUUGUCCAUCAAUAUAAUUGGGGAAAAUUCUUGCUUGAUCGUCUAGUGCGGGAAGUAUCUCGCUUUCACCAAGGAAAGCAACGCGCGGUUGGUGGCUGUCUUUUGUUUCUCCAGCUCUUUUACUAUGAGAGCAUCUCUGUUGAGGGAUCCCAUUUGUCAAAUUCUUCUGUUGUUCCUUGUUUGUCAUCAUGGGGUGAGGAAGAGAUUUCUGAAAGAGAAAAACAGCAAAGAGAGCUUGGUGGUUAUGGCUUUGGAGAGGUAAUUUGCAAGGAGAGGUGCACUGGCUUGGAGUUUUCAGAGUCCAGAGGCCAACUAGAUGGUUCAUCAGAAGGCAAAAUAAUCAGUGGGAAUAAUCAUGAUUCUGUUUUUGAGCAGCAAGCUAACCAGGCUGGCAAAGAAAUAAUGGACGGGAAUACUUAUGUGGAAGGGGCAAAUGUGCCAAGCCUUUUGACAAGUAAUGAUGUAUUGUGCGGGAACAUGGAGGUGGGUACUGAAUCAGCUUCAACAAUAUGCCAAAACAAAGAAUAUGACUGCAAUGGAACACUGAAUUGCAUAGAUGAUGUUAACCCUGAAGAAACAUGCAUCUUUUCACCCCAUGCGUGCCCUCUUCUAGACUGUAACUUUACUGGCUCAUCUGAACAGUUGUCACUACACUUCAGCAGUAAACAUUGGGACUGUGGAAGGCGUUUUAGGUACAACAUUCCUUUAUCUGUCUCAUUAGGGGUGAACGAGCAAUUCCUUGUUCUCCAAGCAGAGGAAGAUGGUGUUCUUUUUCUACUCGGCAAGGGCAUUGAGAGCUUAGGGAAUACAGUCAUCGUAACCUGUAUUGGACCAAGCUCAUCGCAGGACAGGUUCUUAUAUGAUGUCGUGGCAAGUAGAGGGGUAAGCUCUCUCAGAUUGAAAUCAUUAACGGAGUGUUUUCCUGGGAGGGUGGAAGGCUUACCUCCUGUAGAUUUUCUUCUGAUUCCAUUCGCUUUCCUUGGUCCUUCUGGGCAGCUUGACUUGGAGGUUUGUAUAUGGAGUUCAACCGAGCUAGGUGCAGAUUGCACUUAAUUUCUUUAACAAACAUUCUAGAUCAUCAUAUUUGUAAUGGUCUGAGAACAUUGUAUUUCUUCGUUCUAAAAUUAAUCGAAGAGUUGUAGAGUUAUUUCCAUAA